GCCUGCAGCCGGUAGCGCAAAAAAAAGACCCGUGAGCCCACCAUGCGGCUGGACCGACUUCGCGCGCGGCUGAGCGCCGUGGCCUGUGGGCUUCUGCUUCUCCUCAUGCCGGGCCAGGGCCAGGACUCUGCCAGCCCCAUCCGGACCACGUACACGGGGCAGGUGCGGGGGAGCCUCGUGCAUGUGAAGGGCACUGACGUGGGGGUCCACACCUUCCUGGGAAUUCCCUUUGCCAAGCCGCCUCUAGGGCCACUGCGAUUUGCACCCCCUGAGCCCCCUGAAUCUUGGAGUGGUGUAAAGGAUGGGACCUCCCACCCAGCCAUGUGUCUGCAGAACUUUGCUAGAAUGGAUUCAAUAGCCCUGAAACUGUGGAAUGUGUCCCUGCCUUCCACCUCCAUGUCUGAAGACUGCCUGUACCUCAGCAUCUACACACCUGCCCAUACCCACGAGGGCUCCAACCUGCCUGUGAUGGUGUGGAUCCACGGUGGUGCGCUUGUGCUGGGCAUGGCCUCCAUGUAUGACGGCUCCGUGUUGGCAGCCUUCGAGGAUGUGGUGGUGGUCAUUAUCCAGUACCGCCUGGGUGUUCUGGGCUUCUUCAGCACUGGAGACAAGCAUGCAGCUGGCAACUGGGGCUACCUGGACCAAGUGGCUGCCUUACACUGGGUCCAGCAGAAUAUCGCCUACUUUGGAGGUGACCCUGGCCAUGUGACCAUUUUUGGCGAGUCUGCGGGUGGCACAAGUGUGUCCUCGCACAUUGUGUCCCCCAUGUCCCAAGGACUCUUCCACCGUGCUAUCAUGGAGAGUGGCGUGGCCCUGCUGCCUGACCUCAUCACCAACUCAUCUGACGUGGUCUCCACAAUGGUGGCCAACCUGUCUGCCUGUGGCCAGAUUGACUCAGCGGCCCUGGUGGACUGCCUGCGGGGCAAGAGUGAAGAGGAGAUUCUGGCCAUCAACAAGGCCUUCAAGAUCAUCCCCGGCGUGGUGGAUGGGAUCUUCCUGCCCAGGCACCCCCAGGUGCUGCUGGCUUCUGCCGACUUUCAACCUGUCCCCAGCAUCAUUGGUGUCAACAAUGAUGAAUAUGGUUGGAUCAUCCCCUCGAGCAUAGGCACCUCUGACACCCAGAGGGAAAUGGACAGAGAGACCAUGAAGGCUGUUCUGCAGAAGACAUCAGCAAUGACGAUGUUGCCUCCUGAGUUUGGUGACCUGGUGAUGGAGGAGUACAUGGGGGACAGUGAGGACCCCCAGACCCUCCAAAUCCAGUUCCAUGAGAUGAUGGGGGAUUCCAUCUUCGUGAUCCCUGCACUCCGAGUAGCAAAUUUUCAGCGUUUCCAUGCCCCCGUCUACUUCUACGAGUUCCAGCAUCGGCCCAGCUUCUUCAAGGACGUCAAGCCACCCCAUGUGAAGGCAGACCACGGCGAUGAGGUUUUCUUUGUCUUCGGAAACUACCUCUGGAGCAGCUACAUUGAAAUCACUGAAGAGGAGGAGCUGCUGAGCAGAAAGAUAAUGAAGUACUGGGCCAACUUUGCCCGAAACGGGAACCCCAACGGUGAAGGUCUGCCCCACUGGCCCAUGUUCAACCAGGAGGACCAAUACCUGCAGCUGAACCUGCAACCUGCAGUGGGCCGGGCCCUGAAGGCCCACAGGUUCCAGUUCUGGACGAAAACCCUGCCCCAGAAGAUCCAUGAGCUAAUGCAGGCCAAGGAGAAACACACAGAGCUGUAGCUCCCUGUGUUGGAGAUGAGGGGGUAGAGGUGGGCUUGAGUGCAGGUAGGGGUCUGCCAGAUGUGCCCACACACAGUGAGGAGCCACUAAUUUUUUCCUUCAUUCACACAGCCAUUCAUUCAUCCUUCCAUUCAUCCAUCCAGCAAACA